GCGAGCCCGUGCGGUUCAAGCUUAGGGGCCUAGGCUUACAUAAAAGCCUCCCAAUCCACGCCGCCGCCGCCGAAGGGCGAAGCCGAAACAGGUCAUAAAUCUCGGCGACCAGCGGAACGGAUUAGCCACGAUGCAGAUCUUCGUGAAGACGCUGACGGGGAAGACGAUCACGCUGGAGGUGGAGUCAUCGGACACGAUCGAGAACGUGAAGGCCAAGGUGCAGGACAAGGAGGGGGUCCCGCCGGAGCAGCAGCGGCUCAUCUUCGCCGGGAAGCAGCUGGAGGACGGGCGCACGCUGGCCGACUACAACGUCCAGAAGGAGUCCACCCUCCACCUCGUCCUCCGGCUCCGCGGCGGCGCCAAGAAGCGCAAGAAGAAGACGCACACCACGCCCAAGAAGGCCAAGCACGAGCGCACGAAGACCGAGCUCGCCGUGCUGGGGCUAUACCGGGUGGACGAGGCGACGGGGGCGGUGGAGCGGCUGCGGAAGGAGUGCCCCAACCCGGAGUGCGGCGCCGGGACCUUCAUGGCGGCGCACGCCGACCGCCUCGCCUGCGGCAAGUGCGGCCUCACCUACGCCAAGAGCCAGGGCCCGGAGGUGGUUUGAUUAGGUGGUGCGCGUCAGCGAUAGAUUACGCUUCAUGUUCGUGGAUCCGUGCAAUCUCACAGUGAAUUUCCUAUUUUUCAGAUUUUGACCUAGGUUCGAUUUGGAUUUGCGGACUGGUGCUUUGGUAUUUCCCCCAAAUUCAUGGCAUUGUAGCGUUGGAAAAGAAUUAUCCAUGUGAACUUUAAUCAUUUGUCCCCUUUGGUCUACAACA